GCUUAGAGAUUUGGAGCAGCAGGAGUGACUGGAGCUCGGUGCAGGCUGCAGUACAGGUGGGUGUUCCGUGUUCAUUCAUAAAGCGUCACUACAGUGGAGGAUAUAUAAACCCAGCCGCGGCAGGUUGGUCAUUCAUCAGGUGUCACAUCAGUCAGGUGCAGUCAUGCUUCGUCUUGCCUGCGGACUCCAGCUCCUGGCGCUCCUGUUGCUGCUGAGCAGGAGCAACUCAGCUGUUCACAACGACGCCACAGAGUCAGUCAGUACUCAGCCGGUCCACCACACUGAAGACGAGCCAGCUAACGAGGACACAAACCAAGCGAGGAACGGCGGGAGACGGCUGGCUGACGCGGUGCGUAAUGGCCCAGACCAGAGCCAGGUGGGCUGCAGGGAGCUGAGAUCCACAAAGUACAUCUCUGAUGGCCAGUGCACCAGCGUCACCCCCAUUAAGGAGCUAGUGUGUGCUGGAGAAUGUCUACCAGCCCACCUGCUUCCCAACUGGAUCGGGGGUUACACUGGGAGAUACUGGAGCCGACGCGAUGCCCAGGAGUGGCGCUGUGUCAUCGACCGGACCAGGACCCAGCGGAUCCAGCUGCAGUGCCAGGACGGCACCUCCAGGACCUACAAGAUUACUGUGGUGACCUCCUGCAAGUGUAAGCGCUACUCCAGACAGCAGAAUGACUCAGGACACAAGGACACGUCCGUCCACAGCAGUACACAAAGGAAAAAUCAGAAGAAGGCUGGACGCCCUGACGAGACUGUCGGGGGGCAGUCUGACUUUUAGAUCUUUGUGACAAAAAAAACUGUUUUAAGAUUAGUAUGUUGCCCAAAGUGCAGCAUAAUUAAAGGGUAACAAUAUUUUUCAACCUAUAGCCUAUUUCUGUGUUUUUUAUGAAAGUAAGGUCCAGCUGGAAAAUUAAAGUUAACCUUUAAAGGAAAUGUUGAACAUUUUGGGAAAUACGCUUAUUUUCUUUCUUUGAUAGAUUGAGACCAGCACAAACCUGAAGUCACGAUGUGGUUAGUCUAGUUUAGCAUAAAGAACGGAAGCGGGGAAAUCCACUAGACUAGUCCUGUCCAAUGUUAAUAAAUACCAACACCUCCAAAGCUCACUAACACAUUAUUCAUCUUGUUUGUUUAAUCUGUACACAAACAGAGAUUCUUCAUGAACAACACUUUAUCUAUUUUCUGUAGCAUCUCACUGGCUAUAGCGCAGGUUGCCAGACGCGAUUAGUGAGCAAAACAAACAAGAUACAUUAUGUUAAUUAAUUAAUUUACACAUUUGGUGCGAAACUGCUGUCAGAGAUGCACAUCGAGCCACUGUGGCCCUCCAACAAUGUAAUCAACUGGUACACAGUACGUUAUUCUAAUGGAGGUUCUGGUGGCAAUAAAGGCACUGUGUCUUGUAAUAAUAUGCAACAGUUGGCCAGUCCAGGAGGUCUGCUUUGUGUUGGACAGAAGUGCCUUGAUAGGUCAUAGUUUUGGUUUAUAAUGUCACAGAUGGCAGGUAGUUUUUCCAUCUUAAUGUAAAAAUAAUAGCAAGCAAUAAUCUAUUGCGUAAUUCAAAGACUCAACAGACUUUGAAUGUAAAUGAUAACAUUACCCUGAUUCAUAAAAGUAUGAAAUGUGAAGUUAGAUUUGUAUAGUAGAGUGAUGAUUAGAUUGCCUAUAUCGUGAAUGUAAUGUACAAUAUGUGGGUAAAGUUUUAUGGGUUUUUCAGAGUGAAUAGUAUGUAAUUUAUUUUUGUAACAGAACAGUCAAAGUUCUUUUUAUAUUUUUUGUCACUGUCUGAAAUAAAUAGUUCAAUGAAAAUUGUUUACAAGGCUGUGUUUCUGACAUAAUACUACAGGCAUGCCAGACAGGCUCACUGCAGACAGGAACUUCCUAACAACAGAGGCAUUAGUCAGUGAUGAAACUUUCCUUUCAACAGACUCCAUACUUCGUUUUAUUGUGCAGGGAUACCUUCACCUGCAGGCUAGUGGGGCUUGUU